UUUUUUAAUCUAACCUCAAGCUAUGUGUUCAAGAGAGGCCUCAGUCCUUUUCUAGCCUGGUUCUGGACUGUCUCCAGAGUUCCUAAGACGUUCUGGAGCAUGUGCUCCAGGAAAGGGAAAUGGCAUCUGGCUUUGGGACUUCUACUGCUGCCCCACCUGUUCCUGGCAAUCAACAUUCGAGAUCGUUUAGAACUUGCAGUCUCUGGCAGCAAUGUGAGUCUGAAAAUUUCCAGUUUGCCUGAGAGCUACCACUCACUCACGUGGUUUUAUACCACUGAUCAGAAGAUUGUGGAACGGGAGCAUGGUGAGCCAAAGUACUUCAAUACUAAAUUUAAGGGCAGGGCCACCCUUGAUAUUCAAACUGGUGCACUGAAUAUCUACAAGGUCCAGAAAGAUGACAGCAGCACCUACCUCCUGAAGAUACUGUACAACGCUGGGAAUGAGAAUGAGUGGAUGGUCACACUGAUGGUGUAUGAUCCUGUACCGAAACCCGUCAUAAAAAUUGAGAAGGCACAGGAAAUGAACAACUGUAACCUGACUCUGUCCUGUGUGAUCCAGGACCAGCCUGUAAACUAUACCUGGUAUCGGGACUCAGGGCCUUUUCCAAAAGAACUCCAGAGGAGUGUGCUUGAAAUCACUGUUACGCCACAAAACUACUCCCAGUCUUAUACCUGCCAAGUCAGCAAUCCUGUGAGCAGUCAAAACAACACGAUCUACUUCACCUCACCCUGUAAACCCGCGCCAUCCUCUGGAGCAUAUUGGACAGAAGCUUGGCUAGUGGUCAUUGUAACCACCGUUCUUGGCCUCCUAUGGACCUGAGAUGAGCUCUUCUAACUCAGGUGUGAAACUUCAAGGAUACAGGAUGUCACCCUCAUCAGGACAGAAGCUCUGGCUCCAUGGGAUGGGGAAAAGUGCAUUGUUCAAGUAUCGACAAAGAUUAGCAAAUCAACUUUUUAAAA